AUGAAUUCAAAAAAAAAUAAUCAUGCUCUUCAAAAGUCAAUAAUUUGGAAAUAAUCAAAAAAAUGGGAUUAAGAGAAAUAUAAAAGAGUGAAAGAGUCAAUUCAAAUCAGAAUAAAGAAAAAUAAUGAAAUCGUUUACUCAACUUCUGAUGGAGAAAUUCUAAGAAUGUAAACCUUAAUUAUAAAUAAAAUAGAGAAAAACCUUAAGAAUAUUUAAUCAACCAUUUCUUAUUCAAUAAUAAGGAUUAGAUCAAAAAUCUACUAUGGUUUUGUGAAUAUAGAUAAAGCAAUAGAUAAUAUUAAAAAUGGAGUGCUACUUGGGGUGGAGAAGUUUUAAGAGGAGUUGGUGGAUACAUAAAUAAUGGAUUAAAAGAAGGGCCAUGGAAGGAAUUAAUUUAAAAUUAUUCAAGGUUAAUAAUUAGUUAUUUCUUAUAAAUAUAGUUAAGUUAUAGUAUAUCAAAUUGGACAAUACCAAAAUGAUAAAAAAAAAGGAAUAUGGGAAUUUAUGUAUAAGAAUAAUAAGAUGUAUUUUUAUUUAUUAAAUAAUUUAGUGGUAGUGGAUUAUACAAUGAAUAAGGCUAGAAGCAUUGUAAAUGGAGAGAGUUGAGUCAUGACUUUUCUGAUUAAUCUUAAAUUACUUUAAAUGGUGAAUACAAAAACGGUAAAAAGAUUGGGAGAUGGGAUAUUUUAUUUAAGAGGUAGAUUAUGGAAUUAAUGUAAAAUAUUUAUGUAAUGCAAAUUAUUAGUGGAGGUGGGUAAUAUUCUUUUGAAGGAGAUGGUGUAAAGAAUGGAAGGUGGACUGAAAUAAAUUUCAAUUUUUCUGUGGAUUUAUAACUUACAUAUAAUGGAGAAUAUAAAAAUGGCAAAAAAAUUGGAUAAUGGGAUAUUUGUUAUAGGGAUCGUAGAAUAAAUAAAUUUGAAAAAAUGUAAGUAUUAAAAUUUAGAAAAUUUUAGUGGUGGUGGAUUAUAUUUACAAGGAGGGGAUGGGUAAAAGGUUGGAAAAUGGAUUGAAUUGAGUGAUUAAUUUAAGCAACAUGAGCAAAUUUCGUAUGCAGGGGAAUAUAAUAAAAACGGUAAAAAGGUAGGUAGAUGGGAUAUUUGGUAUAAGGAUUCUGAGACAAAAUAUAAUGAAUAAAUGUAUUAUAUUAAAAUAAAAAAAGUGGAGGUGGAUGUUAUGAUUAAGAAGGUUAGGGCGUUAAAAUUGGAAGUUGGAUUGAGUUAUGCGAAGGAUUUAAGAAAAGUUAGUUGUUUUCAAAAGAAAUCACUUAUAAUGGUGAAUAUAUAAAAGAUAGAAAGGUAGGCAGAUGGAAUAUUAUGUAUCGAGAGUGGAAUAAAGAAAGUUUUCAUUAAAUGUAUAUAAAUAAUAAUAUUCCAAAUUUAGUGGUUAUGGAUAUUAUGAUGAAAGAGGAGAUGGAAUUAAAAUAGGAAAAUGGAUGGAGUUGAGUUAUUGGUUUUAUGUUGAUAGGUAAAUAACUUAUAUUGGAGAAUACAAAAACGGCAAAAAAAUUGGUACAUGGUUUGAAUUUGAAAUAAAAAAGAAUGAGAUAAUUAAGGAGAUGAAAUAUGAUGAUUGA